AUGGGAAGAUUUGGAGCAGUGAGUUAUAGACAAGUUAAACAAUCUGAAGCAGAUACUAUUGAGAUAGAUUCAUUAAAAAAUGGAGACAUUGAAAAAUACAAUGAAGAGAAUGAUAAAAUAUCAAGGAUACCAUUAGCACAACUAUCGAUAAAUAAAAUCAAUGGUAUAAAAAGUUCAGUCAUUGAGGAGUUAUCUUUGAAAAGGCCAUCCUAUUUUAUGGCAACGAAAAUGAUAAAAUCAUUACUUCCCUAUUACUGGAAAAAGAAUCCUUUUAAAUUUCGAAUCAUUUUAUGUGUAUCUAUUAUUUUCUUUUCAAAAUUGAUAAAUUUAAGUGUACCUUUAAUAUUUAAAAAUAUAAUUAAUACACUACCAGAAAAAGUAGAAUGGCAUUUAUUGAUUUUAUAUGGUGUCCUUUUUUUAAUUCAAAAAAGUAUUUGGGAUAUUCGUGAUCUUUUGUUUCAAGAUGUAAAUGAUAGUGCAACAAAACAAAUAAAUUUAGAAACUUUUGAUCAUUUACAUAGAUUGUCAUUAUCAUACCAUUUAAAUAAGAGAACUGGAAGUUUAAUUAAAAUUGUAGAAAGAGGAACUAGUAGUGUAGUUCAAUUAUUAUCAUUAUUAUUGUUUAAUAUAUUUCCAACAUUAGUUGAAUUAUUCACAGUUUCUACAUUCUUAUUGUUUUCUUAUGGUGCAGAAUUUGCAUUUAUAAAUUUAACUUCUUGUGUAGUAUAUAUUGCAUUCACUUUAUAUGUAACAGAGAGAAGAACAAAACAUCGUAGGUUAGCUAAUAAAAAAGAAAAUGAGGCAUCAGAUAUUAAAGUUGACUCUUUAAUGAAUUUUGAAACAAUCAAAUAUUUUACUGCAGAAUCUUAUGAAAGAAAAAGAUAUGAUUUUGCAUUAAUGGACUUUUUUCAAACUAAUAAGAAAUCAAAAGUCUCAUAUUUUUUAUUAAAUUUUGGACAAUCGUCAAUAAUUGUUAUUGGAACAACAUUAGGACUGGGACUGGCAACUUGGAGAGCAUCACAAAAUGGUUUUACCUUGGGUGAUGUUAUUGCAAUAAAUACAUUUAUCGCUCAAAUGUUUUCUCCUUUAAGUUGGUUAGGAUCAUCUUACCGAAUGAUACUUACUGCUUUCACUGACAUGGAGAAUUUAUUUGAAUUAUUAGAUACUCAACCAGAGGUUUCUGAUUCACCAAAUGCUAAAGAAUUAAACUUUAAUGAUACAAAUAACCCUUCAAAAACAAUUUUACCUUCAAUUGAGUUUAGAAAUAUUAGUUUUACUUAUCCAAAUAAAAAUAAAGAACAACAACAAUCAUCACCAAAGAUUUUAGAUAAUAUAAGUUUUACCGUACCAGCUGGUAAGUCAAUUGCAUUAGUUGGCAGUACUGGUGGUGGGAAAUCAACUAUUUUUAGAUUGUUAUGCAGGUUCUAUGAUGUUGACCAAGGCGAAAUAUUAAUAAAUGGUGAAAAUAUAAAAGAUGUAACACAAACGAGUUUAAGAUCAAUAAUUGGAGUUGUUCCACAAGAAACAGUUCUCUUUAAUGAUACUGUGGCCUAUAAUAUUGGCUUUGGUAACAGAGAGGCAAACGAUGAUCAAUUGAUUGAUGCUUCUCGUCGUGCUCAAAUAUUGUCCUUUAUUGAAUCAUCUCCUGAUGGCUUCAGAACUGUGGUAGGCGAAAGAGGUUUAAGAUUGAGUGGUGGUGAAAAACAAAGGGUUUCAAUUGCUAGAGCUUUAUUAAAAGAUCCACCAAUUUUAAUUUUAGAUGAAGCAUCUAGUUCUUUAGACACCUUUACAGAGAGAAAAAUCCAACAAGCAAUCAAUGAAGUAUCAAAAGGUAGAACAACAUUGGUCAUAGCUCAUAGGCUCUCCACAAUAAUUCAUUGUGAUGAAAUUUUGGUUUUGAAGGGUGGUCAUAUAGUAGAGCGAGGGAGUCACUCUUAUCUAUUGGAUUUUAAUGGUGACUAUGCCCAUCUGUGGAAUCAACAACAGCUAUCAGCCAGUGAUCUCCAAUACACACCAAAUCAAGAUACCUUUGAGUAA